AUGCCUGUAUUAGGAGAUUGGCGUGCCUAUUGCAUUGUAUCUCACAUACCGCGUCCAGUGAAAUACCCCGAAUACGCUGACCUGCCCCCAAAAGAGAAGCAUGCAGCGCAGAAGAAACGAUGGUUCGACAAUAAGAAACAAGACCCAGAAGAAGCGGAAAGGAUAAGAAACAAGAAUGCGGAAAACAAACGGCAUUCAUGCGCACAUCAGUUGCUGCAGAAACAGCAAGGAACUGGUGGCGACUCCACCAGCGAACAGCCUCCUGCAAAGCAACAUGCAGGACCAUCAGAUACCUCAAAUAAUGUAGGAUCGCCUAAGGUUCUAGAUGCUACACUUCCAGUAGGACCGUCCUCUAACACAACAGGACCUGCUCACAGUGCAGGGCCAGCAGAUCCCUUGCAUAUCACAGAGCUGUCUACCGUCCCAGAUGAUAGAACAUCAACUGCACACGUCACAGGACUGUCCAAUGUCGUACACGACCUAAUACCCAUUGAUCCUGUACUCUUAGAUCUACACAAGGCAGAAUCAUGCCAAUAUGCCAAUAUCUCAGUGACAAUGAAUAUGCACAGCACAUGUGAUGCAUGCGCAAUGACCGAACUAUCCUUGGUACCAAACAAUUCCUCCCUCCCUGAAAAUGACCCUAUACCCCCCUCACCUUUAUGUUGUCUUUCCGUCAACAACGACUUGGCUUCUCACAUGCUUGGGUCUGAAGUGCCCAAAGAAUCAGAGACCAUUCAAUGGUCUGAUGGGAGCAUCACAGUGGUGCCAUGUAUUUUGAAGGAUGGGGUAAAUCUAUGCUGGGAUGAUGUGAACACGGUCAAGAAUUUCGCUAAGCUUCCAGAAUCCCGUCCGGGGUCAGAAUACGUCGAACAUGUACAUUCCCCUAAUGGGUGCUCGAAACCAGCAGAGUUACGCAAGCUAAUCAUGGCAACACUUCGCAAAAAUAGAGCUAUUGUUAUCCGAGAAAUGGAAACUCCCGAGCAUGCGACACUCAAUGUAGACUAUCUGGAAGAUCACUACGGCGUGUCACCAUACAUGUGUGUUGUAAUACACGAUGUCGAAGAAUGCACGAAGGACUAUUCAAACCCGUACAAGGCCGGCACCAUCGAACAGUUCAUUGGCGACAUUCACGAUCCUUCCAAGAUUCAAUGCGUGCUCGACGUGCCAUCCGCACAAGGGGGUCUCCCACCGUUCUUGAGAUGGAAUCAAACGACAAAUGACUGCCCCGUUGGCGAUCAAGUCCACCCUGAUAACUUCACCAUAAGGGGGUGGUCGCUGUUCCAUCAUGGCAGAUUUCUCACUUAUCCUCAUUACGACUCAGAUGGCAGCGCCACAUGUCAAACGUUAAUGUUUGCCGCAAGUGCUCGACAAAUGCUCACCACUGGUUGGAAACAGCUAGCCAGAGGCUCUGCUUCAUAA